AUGCCAAAAUUGGAGUACGUUAAAUUAUUGUAUUUACCCGCUAAUACAACAAGUAAAUUGCAGCCCAUGGAUCAGGGUAUUAUCAACAACUUCAAAGUGUACUACAGAAAGGAAGUUGUGCAAUAUGUUCUAAAGUCUAUAAAAGAUGAUCAAAGCCCUGAAAUCAACAUACUACAGGCCAUGGGUUUUGCAGGAAAAGCUUGGUUUUCAGUUAGCAAAACCACAAUAAGUAAUGGUUACAAAAAAGCUGGAUUCAAAGUGACGAAUGUAUCUGAACCUGAGAACCUACAAGAAGAGGUAGAGACCAUUGCAAGAUUUCCAGAAUGGAACAAACUAAUUUUCACCUGUAGGAACAACGAAAAUGACCAGCAGCCGAGUUUUCAGGAUUUCGUUUCUAUGGACGAUGGUCCCUUGAAAUCUCAAUUAACCAGGUUUCACUGUAUAUAUUGUCACGUGUUCAACUGA